UUUGUUACACUGUGUUUUACUGGAGUUUGAUGCUUUUGCUUGCACUUGCUAAUUGACGCUUUUACUAUUUUGCAUCUGUGUAAAUUUAAUUAAGUUCUCUGAUUGAUCAUAAAACAUCUCAGCAACUUUGAUCAUGGAAGUUCAUUCUUGUCAUUUUGGAAAAGUAUAUGUAACAAAAUAAUAAUAGUUCAAAAGACCACUUGCAAGCUUUUGGAGCUUUCUUUCUUUCUUUGCAACUUGGCUUAAUUGUUUAAUUUAAUCCCUGAAUAAUAGUUUUAAUAAUUGUAUAUUUUUCUAAAUGCAGAAAACAGCAAAAAAUAUUUGCUGAAAUUGCAGCACUGGUUGUUUUAAGCUAACAAAUACAAAAUGUUUCUGAUGGUAGUUUCUAGAAAACUCCCUACACUAUUCAAAAUGUUCAUCAAGGACCCACUGUUUAACUUCUCACUGUAACAAUGUUAUGUACUGACACAAGUUGUCAUUCUUUAGAGCAGACAUUUAGCAGAAUAAUCAGCAGGAUGGAUACAUAAGCACAAUGUUGAGAUCAAGUUGUUUUUUUCACAGUAAGGAUAAUAGCUGAUGUGAGUUGCCUUGAAAUAAUAAGCAGUUUAUGUAAUCCAGGCCUACAGCCAUAUUCUCUCUAAUGUUUGCGUGACUAAAAAACAGCCUAAGCCUUGUUUCUUGGAAGAUAUGAUUAUGUUUUAUGUGUGAAGAAAUCGGUCAUGAAGACAGUGUAUGACAGUUGGGGAGGUGGAAUAACAGCCUGGUCUGCCUCUAAAGGGGGUAAUGGAUGGACCCCUCAGGGGUAAGGUGAGGGCAGUGGGCCAGCGGGGUCUGCAGCCGGAGGAAGAGGAGGAUCAGGACGUGGAGGAAAUGCUGUUCAAUGAUCCCUUCAGCACGCUGGUGAAGAAUUGUAACAUGCUGCACAACAUCGUGGGCCCGGCCUGCAUCUUCCUUAAACAGGGCUUUUCACAGAUGCUCGACAGAGAGCUGAGACCAGAGGAGAUUGAAGAACUCCGCGAGGCGUUUGUGGAGUUUGACAGGAACAAAAAAGGCUACAUCAGUCAUAAAGACCUGGGGGAGUGUAUGAGGACAAUGGGAUACAUGCCUACAGAGAUGGAGCUCAUCGAACUGAGCCAGCAGAUCUGUGGAGGUAAAGUGGACUUUGAGGACUUUGUGGAGCUGAUGGGACCCAAGAUGCUGGCAGAGACAGCAGACAUGAUCGGGGUCAAAGAACUACGAGAUGCAUUCAAAGAGUUUGACUCUAAUGGUGACGGUCAGAUCAGUUUAACUGAGCUGCGUGAGGCCAUGAAGAAGCUGAUGGGAGAACAAGUGACCAACAGAGAGAUAAACGAGAUCCUCCGAGAUGUCGACCUCAACGGAGACGGUCUGGUGGACUUUGAGGAGUUUGUGCGAAUGAUGUCUCGCUGACGGUCCAGCUGCCCACAGAUGGACACAUAGACAUUAUGCAACUGCUGGAUUAGGGAACACACUACAUUGUAGUGAACAUUCCUUAUCUGCUCUUAAGAGCACGUAU